UUUCAGGAACAAAUCAUGCUUGGAAUGGUGCAGUCGCCACAAGCGGUUCCGAAAGCUCAGCCAGUGGUUCCGCAGAACAGUCAGCAGACAGUACAGCCAACACAACAGCCAAGUGUUCAGCCCGCCCCAUUAUUGCCUGGAAAGGGUGGCACACAGGAUCAAGCAGGUGUAUCUCACACUCAUAUUCCUCCGAGGAAACACCAAAACCAGCCUUCAGUGCCAGUUUCUUAUUCUACUGUUCCUGCAACGAGUCAUCAGUCUCAGCUCAUGGUUGCACAUUCUAUGCAGAUGCCACAACAGCCCAAAGGACAUCUGACUCCGCAAGUGGCUCCGGAAACUGUUCUACAAUCAUCACAACUUCCAAAGAUACCUCCACCCUCUGUUCAUUCAUCUUCACAGCCACAUCAUCCAACACAAAUGCCAACUGCCUCUAGUCAACAACCAUUGCAGACACCUGGUCAGGUUGGAAAUAUGCCUUUCAGGUCUGAUUUUGGCAGUCAAGCUGAAAAUUCAAUGCAAAUUGAUAGAGGGUCUUCUUGGAUGCCUGGUCCUUCAGAAAAUCUAUCACAGCAUUCUGGUCCUCCGGGACCACCAUCUAUGGUUUCUGGUCAGAUGGGUGCUGCUAAUCAGUCUCUUCGGCCUCCUGCGUUGACCCCAGAUAUGGAGAAGGCAUUGCUUCAGCAGGUCAUGAGUCUCACACCGGAGCAGAUAAAUCUUCUGCCUCCGGAACAAAGAAAUCAAGUGUUGCAACUGCAGCUGAUGUUGCGUAAAUGAUGCAAUACGAAAACACACUGGUAGUCCCAGUCCUUAAAAUGUAGCAUAGAUUCUUCUAUUAUGAAUGUUCGAAGUGGUUGCAGGCGAUUAGGUUUUAUUGGGGAUACAAAAAUUGUGUAACAAAUUAUAACCAUAUUAUUUUCUGGAUGUUGUCAUUUUAUGAAGAAAAAUUUAGAUUAGAGGUAGGACACCACCUUAAAUACAAAGGUCAAGGAUAAACACCAAAAUGGUUUACUGCAGAAUGCUGUUGAAUGUGAGAUGAUGAAGCUCUUUAAGAGCUGUAAAAUGUCAUCUUCAAAACUUUUUACACUGAUUGACUAAUCGAUAUGUGAAA